AUGGAAGAAGGUCCGAGCAACAGAGGCAAGAGAAGCGGCGGGGAGAAGGAGGAGGUGAAGUACCGGGGCGUGAGGAAGCGGCAGUGGGGGAAGUACGCGGCGGAGAUACGCGACACCUCGAGGCAGGGCACGAGGGUGUGGCUGGGGACGUUCAACACGGCCGAGGAGGCAGCGAGGGCGUAUGACCGGGCGGCCUACGACAUGAGGGGCCAUUUGGCGAUCCUCAACUUCCCCGAGGAGUACAAUCUGCCCAGCAGCUCCUCUCACUUCGCUGCCCCGGGCGGUGGCUCGCAGCAGGGACGACAGGUGUUCGAGUUCGAGUACUACGACGAUACGCUCCUUGAUGAGCUUCUCGAUGAUAAAAAACAUAAGAAAUAA